AUGAGUAGCGACGAAAGCACUGUUAUUGGAAUCGUGCUCCUGGCUAGGCAUGGUGAUCGCUUGGAGUUCUACCAAGAUCCUACUACCUAUACAGUGACAUUCACAGAGAUCACUCCUCUCGGCGAGCAACAAGAAUGGCAGCUUGGUAACUAUCUGCGUUCGGUAUACCUAGACUCGUCGUCGCCUUCGUACAUUCAAGGCAUAUCUCCCUCCUCCUCGAUCUUCAAUGUUGAACAAGUUUCGAUCGCCGCCGACGACAGUGGGAUAGAUAGUGUGAUCAUGGAUAGCUGUGCGGCUCUAGUGCAAGGGCUUUGGCAUCCCACUCCCCUACAGAAUAUUACCCUCGCCAAUGGUACCACCAUCACCAGUCCUCUAGGCGGGUAUCAGUAUGUACCCAUUACCUCCGUCUUGCCGGACUUGGAUGUGUCUUUGGAGGGCUUCACCGACUGUAUCUCUCUCCAAGACCGUACAACAGCAUUUUAUAAUUCUACUGCCUUCAUGGAAAAGGCUGAGGAGGCAGAGCCAUUCCUCUCUCAGCUUGGUCCCUACGUCGGCAAUCGAUCCACCUCUCUAGAGAACAUGUGGAAUAUUUUUGACUACAUGAAUGUGCAAUCGAUUCAUAAUGCGACAUAUUUAGAGGAGCUCCCUCCGACUUUCCUCGCCCAAGCGCGCGAUUUGGCCAAUUGGCACGAAUACAACGUAUUUACCGAUCCAUACUUCUCCGGAGUUGGCAACAUUGCGUUCCAGACGAUGAUCCCGGGUAUCUUGGAAUCUAUUGAGAGCAUCACGAACUCCUCCGAUCCGCUCAAGCUGAGCUACUAUGCGAUCAACUACAAGCCUUUCCUCAGUAUGUUCAAUAUGACUGGCCUGGUAAGCUCUGGGUCUCUCCCAGCUGCACUCGUCGACUAUGCGUCCGCGGCUGUUUUCGAAAUCCGGCAAACCUCUCCGACGGCGGAGCCCGUCAUUAGGUUCCAAUUCAAAAACGGUACCAACGAUCCCGAGCUUAGGCCAUACCCACUCGUCUUCGACGGCUGGGAUGGAACCACCGGAGGCGACGUUCCCGUGUCAAUAUUCACCGCCGCUCUCGCACCGGCUGCGGUUAACACGACGCUUGAGUGGUGUUAUGAAUGCAAUCAAGACAUCGAGCGUGGAUGUGCGGUUGCGAUCGCUGCUGCUCAGUGCAUGAAUGAAACCUCCAGCCUCGUCAGCCGUGACCUCUUGAGCUCCGUCGGGAAUGAGCAGCUCGUUACAGCUGUGGGAAGUGAAUCUUUGGUCUCAAGCUCGACUGCGAUGGUGUCAUUGAUGUUUAUGACGUCUCUUAUAUUGCUGGGAGCUUUCGUAAUGGGCGCAAGGAAAUGGGGCAAGAAGAGCCACACUCAGAUCCGUUCAGACAAGCCAUACUAG